AUGGAAGAGAAGGAAAUCAAGUUCAGAAUCGUCAACUGCAACGACGUGCUGGCCGAAAUGCUCAAGAAAUUCGAGGUCGAAGUGAACGACGAGCUGCCACAGUAUCGAGCAAACAGCGCGCAUGCUUCCGUAACAGCUUCCAGCAAAUUGCUCGCCGUAAACAGCAAGGCUGCCAGUCUGGCUGGUUCUGCCACCAACAUCCACAUCUCAAAAGAGUAA